AUGAAAAAAAACAGGAAAAUACUAGUUGUAUUUCUAUAAAGCAAUAUUAAACUAAUCAGAUAGAACCUGCUUCAGAUUUAAAAUUUUAUGACUUAUGAUAGGCUUGAUAUGCCUUUAACAAAUGAUUUAGCUGAAUUCAGAUUAGAAACUGUUAAUGGCCUUUAAUGUAACUCAAAAGACAAAAUAAUUUUAGUUUAUAUAGCUUAUUUUUAUAACAUUUCUCUAAAUAUUAAUUAUUCCUUCAGCUUGAUGCUAUUGAGUGUCUAAAACAUAAUCUUAUAGGUUUUUAUUACUUGGACUUUUCAAAUGUUUAAAACCACACUUUAGCUCUAAGCAAUAAUGAAAACAUCAAUCCAAAAUUGA